AUGACGUCCCGAAGUAAUUACGUGCAUUAUAAAUUUUUUUGUAAAUGCAGACAAGAAUUUCAAUCCUUUUCGGAAUUUCUUAAUCACUUAAAGGAUUCUCACCAAAUCGAAAGAGUGAAUAUGUCUGAAAUUUUAGCCUCAGGAAAUGUGAAACAAUAUCAUUUGAAUUGUAAAAAAUGUGGCAAAGUUGCUCGAUUUGAUAAGAAAGAAUUGUUGACUAAAUUUCUUAAAGAAAGAGUUAAACAAAUAUUGAUUUAUAGUUUUUAUAGGAGAAAAUUUACUCAGUUUAUCGGUGAACAUAGUGAAAAAAAAUUGAAGGGUCAUAAACAAGACCUUUGUGAAAAAUGUAAAUCAUUAGGUAGAUAUUGUGGUGAGAAAUAA